AUGACUCAAAGGCUCCUGCAGCUCAACUUAAACCACUGCUUGGCGGCCCAAGAGCUACUGAAGCAGACGGUUAGAGAGUUAAAGGUGGAUGCUGCUUUGCUGAGCGAACCAUAUAAGAGAAUUCAGAGUCCAAAGUACGUCGAAGACACGGAAGGAAAGGCGUCAAUAUGGGUAUGUGGCCUGGAACAGCCCCAGCUUACUGAUGUGCGCUCAUCGCGUGGGUUCGUGCGGGCUAGAUGGGGGAACCAGUGGCUAUACAGCUGUUAUCUGGCUCCCAGUCUCACCAUCUCAGAAUUCGCAUCCGUCAUGGAGGAGAUAGCACUCGAUGUAAGGGGAAAGCCACAGGUGAUCAUCGCUGGUGACUUCAAUGCCUGGGCGGAGGAAUGGGGUAGCAGCCGGACAAACACCCGAGGACAAACAGUGCUGGAAACCCUUGCCACAUUAGACCUGGCCCUCAUGAACCAUGGCAACGAACACACUUUCACCAGAGCUGGCACUGGAUCGGUUAUAGAUCUAGCAUUCGUUAGCUAUCCAAUUGCUAGAGCAGCGAAAUGGGCCAUUAGCAAUGUCUACACAGCGAGUGAUCAUAGGGCGAUCACGAUAGAUUUGGUCCAUACCGAGUCACCGCGAGCAAAUGGACUACAGAGCGGAAAGGCUUACAGAGUUGACACCCUGGACCCGGAAGCUUUCGCUGGAUCCUUUGCAGUUCCCAACUGGAGUGACAACGCAGAGGUAAGCGCCGAGCUGCUCAUGCGUUCAAUCACGGAUGCCUGCGACGCUAGCAUGGCGGUGCGAAGAUCGUGCAAGAGACACCACGUACCAGUAUAUUGGUGGAACCAGCAGAUCGCAGACAUAAGAAGGCGAUGUAUAAGAUCGCGAAGGAUCCUGCAACGUUCACGAGGCAGAGCUGAUUUUGAGGCAAGAAGGCUGGAGUACGCGCUUAAUCGCAGGCUGCUGAAGAAGUCCAUCUUGAGCAGCAAGAAGGAGAAAUUCCUAGAACUUUGCGACGAAGCCGACCGAGACCAUCUGGGGAAUGGCAUACAAAGUGUGCCUAGAGAGGAGGGAGUCCUAAAUGGCAUAGUGGAUGCUCUGUUCACGGGCUCAUUCAAUGUUCCAACAGUGGAAGAUCAUGUAGAGCACCGGCUCUAUACGGAGGUCCCAGAGGUUACGGUAGAGGAAGUACUGCUGGCAGCGGCAAGAAUCAAGGACUCCAAGUCACCUGGGCCGGACGCGAUCCCAAAUGGCGCGCUGAAGAUGGCGAUCAGGCUCCAGCCGCAGUGCUUUACAGAAGUUUUGGACAGUGUAUGA